AAUGGCACGGAGCCGACCCCUGGACUCAGCUCUGAGCUAUAUAAGAGAGGGAACACCAGCACAGACCCAGCAUACAGGAGCACAGGGAGGAAAGAGACAAUCAACACUACACUGUGCAGGGAUACUCACAGAGGAGCUGCUGAAGGAGUUGUUGAACUAUUCUUAGUGUUGGCUUGCCUGGAUUGUGAGGGUCAUUAUCUUAGGGUUAGAGGUUAGAGGCAACAGCAGAGUGCCAGGAUGUGCUGCCUGUCAACAUGGGUGCUCCUUCUCGCUUUGGGAUUCACUACCAUGACAACUACAGCAGAAGGAACAUGGAGAAAAGAAAAUUCAAGAGCUGCAAGACAAAACAACCCUGCAUUGUACUUCUUUGAAGAUGACUACGACUGGACCACUUGGUUCAAUGUGGAUCACCCUGGAGGUCGAGGAGACUAUGAGCAGUUGGAUGCCAUCCGUUUCUAUUACCGGGCACGGGUAUGUGACGCCCCGUUGGCCCUGGACGCUCGCACCACUGACUGGACCCCGGCUCACAACACUGGGGAGAAAGUCCAUUCAGACCCUGCCCUGGGGUUCUGGUGUGUCAACGCUGAGCAGGACUCAGGCCGCAACUGCUCCAACUACGCUGUGCGCUUCCUCUGUCCCAAAGGUCUUCCUGGACUGACUGGAAACACUGGGUCGGCAGGCUUGAAGGUGGCCUGGGGUCCUUGGUCAGACUGGAGCCAUUGUCCUGCCAAGUGCGGCCAGGUGGCAGUGCAGGUACGCUCUAGGACAUGCCAGUCUGAGUCCAAGCAAUGGGAUAUCCAGUGCAGCGGUCCUACAGUGGAGGGCAGAGUCUGCAAUGGACCAGAAUGCACCGGGGCCGGAUGCAGUCUGCACUGCGAGAUGGGCAGGGUGAACGCAGAGUGCGACGCCUGCAUGUGCCAGGACCACGUUGUUCUAGGCUCUGUCCGCAGUGCUGGAGGGCUGCCUGCCCCCGGGGCCACAAUCCUCCGCUCUGGCCCCAAGCCCAAACUCCUCACCCUCACAGAUCACAACGGACACUUCCGCAUUCCAGGGAUCUGUCCUGAUGGCAAUGGCACACUGACCGUCCAGCUGCAGAACCACGCCCCUCACACGGUCAUUGUGCCCCACAGCACAAAACAAACCUCUGUCCUCAGUAUCAUGCUGAAUAGAGCAGAGAGGCUCCAUGUGGUGAAGAACCCUGAAAACAAGGCCAGGAGAGAGGGUCAGACAGCUGCUCUCUGCUGCCAAGUGGCCGGAUCACCUGAACCAGAAGAGUACCAAUGGUUUCACAACGACAUCUUGCUGGACAGGAAACAGCUGAACUACGACAGCACGCUGGUCUUAAGGAACCUGAGCAUAGACCAGACUGGGGAGUACUACUGCAGAGCCAGCAACCAAGCUGGGGCCAUAAAGUCCAAACGAGCCACGCUCACAGUCUUAGGUAAAAAUCAACCUUCAUGUAACCCUAGACCUGAAUCCCACUCUAUUCUCCUACCUCGUGACUGCUUCCAAAACAGUACCAACUCCCUCUAUUAUGACAUAGGAAAAUGUCCCUCAGGGACUUGUGCAGGACAGCUGGACAAUGGAAUCAGGUGCAAAGACUCUGUGGCGUACUGCUGUGGGGUGGCAAAGAUGAAGGAGAAAACAUUACAAUGCCAGGGCUAUGAGCUGCCCGUCAUGGUGGUGACUGAGUGUGGCUGCCAGAAAUGUGUUGAGACCAAGGCCAUUGUGCGUGGCCGGGCUGUGGCUGCAGACACCGGAGAGCCCAUGAGAUUCGGUCACAUCUACAUUAAUGGAGCCAGAGUCAGCCGCACAGGCUACAAAGGCACCUUCUCUGUCCAGGUCCCCCAUGACACAGAGAGGCUGGUGAUGACCUUUGUGGACAAUAUGGACAAGUUUGUCAACACCACCAAGGUGCUUCCAUUCAACGCCAAAGGUGGAGCCGUCUACCAUGAGAUCAAACUGUUGAGGAAGAAGGAACCAGUGACCAUCAGCUCAACAGAGUUCAACACUCUGGAGCUGGGAGAGGUGGUGGGCCAGGAUCCAAUUGCUGAGAUCCAGAUCCCUCCUAACUCCUUCUACAGGCAGAACGGUGAAGUUUUUGUGGGUAAUGUGAAGGCUAGCAUCACAUUUCUGGAUGCCAGAGACAUCUCUACAGCAGCAGCUGCACAGAGUGACCUCAACUUCAUUGGAAAUGAAGGUGACACGUUGCCUCUGAGAACCUACGGUAUGUUCUCAGUGGACUUCAGGGACGAGGAGGCCGGUGACCCACUGAACGCCGGAGAGGUGAAGGUGAAAAUGGAUUCAGCACAGGUGAAAAUGCCGGAGCAUCUGGGCGCUAUGAAGCUAUGGUCCCUGAACCCCGACACAGGAAUGUGGGAGGAGGAGGGAAGCUUCCAGAUGGAGAAGAAACAACGUGGUAAAAGGGAGGAGAGGACUUUCCUCAUUGGGAACAUGGAGAUCCGAGAGAGAAGGCUGUUCAACUUAGAUGUCCCUGAGAACCGGAGAUGUUACGUGAAGGUGCGAAGCUUCCGCAGCGAUCGCUUCAUGCCCAGUGAGCAGGUAGAAGGAGUGGUGGUGACUCUGAUUAACAUGGAGCCCAUAUCAGGUUACUCUUCCAACCCUCGUGCCUGGGGCCGAUUUGACAGCGUCAUUACUGGCCCAAAUGGUGCCUGUCUGCCUGCCUUCUGUGAUGACCAGAAACCAGACGCAUAUUCCGCCCACCUCAUGGCCAACAUGGGAGGAGAAGAACUCGAGGCUGUCCCAUCUGCUCCCAAAUUCAAUCCCAGCAUCAUCGGAGUCCCUCAGCCAUACCUGGGCAAGUUGAACUACAGACGUUCAGACCACGACGACCUCCGGUUGAAGAAGACAGCCUUCAGCAUCAAUUUGGCCAAGCCCAGCCCAAACACAGCUGAAGAGCUCAAUGGACCUGUGUACUCAUUUGACCAACUAAAAGAGUGUGAGGAAGCCCCAUUUUCUGCGGGACACUUCCGCUUUAGCCGAGUGGAGGGAGAUCGCUACGACUACAAUACGGUCCCUUUCAAUGAGGACGAUCCCAUGAGCUGGACAGAAGACUACCUGAGCUGGUGGCCCAAGCCCAUGGAGUACAGAGCCUGCUAUGUCAAGGUCAAGAUCAAUGCUCCCCAUGAGAUCAACGUGCGCUCCCGAAACCAGGGCGGCACUCACCCCAAGACAGUCGGUCAGUUGUAUGGCCUCCGCGAUACCCGCAGCAUUCGUGACAUGGACCAGUCCGCCGUCUCUGCGGUGUGCCUGGAGUUCAAGUGCAGUGGGAUGCUCUAUGACCAGGACCGGGUAGAUCGCACUUUGGUGAAAGUCAUCCCUCAGGGCAGCUGUAAGAGGGACAACGUCAACUCCAAACUCCAAGAGUACCUGGUCAAUCACCUGCCUCUGGCCGUCAACAACGACACCAAUGAGUUCACAAUGCUGGCACCGCUGGACCCACUGGGCCACAACUACGGUAUCUACACAGUUACGGACCAGGAUCCCCGCACCGCUAAGGAGAUAGCACUGGGACGUUGCUUUGAUGGAACCUCUGACGGCACUUCCCGCGUCAUGAAGAGCAACGAGGGCGUGGCACUCACCUUCACCUGUGGCGACCGUGAGGUGACCCGUCAAAGCGUGUUUCAGGCUACGCAGAACUCUCCGGGGCAGCCCCUGGCUGGAACAGCGAGGGACGGACGAGGCAGGAAGCAGAGAGCUAACGCACUUCGCAACAGCCGCAGACGCAGUACUCGGAAUCCGGCCGGCACGCGUAACCUCAGCACAGGAUAAACUCAGCACUACAGAUCAAGGUCGCCACAUUGGAAUCGGUUCAUCAGAGAACAGACGUCUGUAAAUCACUACAGUGGGUAUUGGCAAUUAUAUUAAUGGCUAUU